AUGGCUCCAGUCCCGUGGCCCAAGCAGUCUGCCAAGAAGGAGGUGUCUCUCGCCAUCGAGGACGGAGCUGACACCAGCUCCAGCCUCCUCGAGCAAGUACUCCCGAAGUACAAGCAGGCGCUCGCGGACGAGCAACUGGACGCAGUCAAGGCCAUGGAGUUGGUUUGUCCCGAGCUGGCCGAGGCUGCCAAGCCUCCACCGCCCAAGGCGCCCGAGAUCUCGCUGGAGCAGCAUGCUGCCACGCUCCGACGCCUCCACAGCUACCAGGAGAAGCUCAAGAACCAGCUGGUGGCCAACGCCAAGCACGGGACAUAUCUCUUGGAGAGGCCGGAGGAGAACGUUCGAGCCUGCGCUGAGGCACAGGCUGAGGUCAACCGCCUCACCAGCCUCACCUCGGAGGCCAAGCCCGCUAGCGACCAAGCCUUCAACUUCCCCGAGCUCAGCACCGAGGACGUGGAGCUCCUCACCCCAGAGCAGAAGGCGGCCUACGUGGAGGCACUGGCCCACGCGCAGCAGGCGCAGCAGGCGUACAAGACCGCGGCGGACAUCGGUCAGAAGGCGCAGAAUGCGGCCAGCACGCUCAGGGAGCUCCGCGAGAAGGCCGCCACAGCUAAGAGGCGCAAGGCCGACAGUGACGCAGGGGUUGCAGCUGGAGCACCAGACCCAGCACCUGCUGCAGGCGCCGAUGGAGGCGAAGGAGCUGCCCCAGGAGGCGGCGCCAUCGACUUCAGCGACCCCAAGAACGUCGACGCCUACAUCCAGCGCACGGCGGCCAUCCUGGCCAGGGCAGCGGCAGCGGACUCAGCCAAGCGCAGUUACGUCUACGUCUUUUUCGGGAAUGCGACUAGCUAUGGCAACGAGGUCAAGAAGUUGAUCGAGUCGGCGCCCUACGACCUCAUGGGGUUGGCUGAGCAUCACUCGCCGCAAAUGAUGUGCCAGAUGGAGGACAAGCGCCUACGCAAUUUUGGUUGGAGGUCUGAAGGGACAUGGACUGCUGCAUCGGCUACGGGACGCUCGGACAAAGGCACGCGCGGGGGUGCGUGCUGGCCGCGACGGGCCACCUACGCCACCAGCAUCCACCUGGAGGGCCCCAAGGGAAAGAGCGUCCACCACGACGCGCUCCGCGAUAUCUCAGUGGUCCCAUGGCGCUUCCAUGGGGCUACCUUUGCUUCCAUCGUGUGCUACUUGGACUGUUCAAUCGGUUUGGCGGGCACAAGUUCCAAGGAGAUGAAUGCGACUCUCCGCAUAGUCAGGACGUUGGGUAUUCCUUGGCUGUUGGUCGGUGACUUCAACGCCACCCCGCAGGAGAUGAUGAAGUCGGGCUGGUUGAAGGCCCUGGGCGGUACCGCUAUCACGCCAGAGGGAGUCGAGGUCUCCUGCGCGUCGGGCAAAGGCCGAAUGAUCCACUGCGUGAUCGUGCCCGACAGCUUCCGCCCGUUCCUGGACCGCGUGCUCCCAGUGCACAAUCUCCCGCGGGGCCCGCACAUCGGCCUAAACAUCAGGCUGACUUCCAGACAAGCUUCGGUGUUCGUGCGAAGGCAGCGGCUUCCCGUCUCCCUCGAGAUUCCUCUGGCAGGGCACCGCACCGCCAUGGGCGUCAAACGCAGCCAGCGCGAUCGCCAGAGGUACCAGGAGUUGCACGAGGCCAGAGGGGAGCAGGACACCCUCCAGCAGGGCAGUACACCCAAUGAUGAAGAUGAGCACUUGAUGGGCGACCACUACACGCAGCUCCGACCACAGAGGUGCGCCGACGGCAGCUGGCUCGACUGCGCGGAGGAGGCGCCGCGCUACGUCGACACCACGGGCGUUAAGGGCCAGUGGGUGGUCACCGAGAGCCUCGCCUUCCAGCACGACCCGCACAUGAGCGACGACAUGGCGCAGCAGUACGCAGCGUGGUCAGUGGCGGCAGAGGAGCAGCUGGCAGCGAUUUGUGGACCAGAGCCCCGACCUGCCGCGCAUCGUGGGUUCACGGUUCGCUACCAGCGACAGAAGCGACGCGUCGGCCCGGCGCGGCAGCAGACUCGCAGCGAGAUCGGCAAUUGGGCCAUCGACAGCACCGAGGGCUCCAUGAAGGGUGCCCACCGCUACCUCAAGAAGCUGGAGCAGCAGGCCCUGGACGAGACCUGCAGGGACGCUGCUGGGCUGGAGGUGCGUGACGCGGUGCACAGGGCCACUGAGACCAAAGCGGCCCGCUGGGCACAACGGUGGACUUCGCAGCCACAUCGGUUGCCAGCGGUCCGCGCAGCCCUCGGUGAGCUGCGUCGCCAUGCCCGCGAGGAGCUAGCGCAGCGGCCCUACCACGACCGCGACGCUCUCGUCUCAGCUCUGCGAUCUUUCCCCAAGACCACGGGCAAGGGCCCCGACCAGUGGAAGCCGACCCACCUCUUGGCGCUGUCGGACCAGGGGCAGGAGGCUUUCGUCACGCUCUUGAACCUGAUCGAGCGCAGUCUGGCCUGGCCUCACCAACUCCAGCACAAUCGGUUCGCCCUCCUGCCGAAGGGCACCAAGCAGGAGGUAGGGAACGAGCGCGACAUCGCAGCGCGCUGGGACGCCGCGGUUCAGGGCAGCAAUGCGCUCCAGGCGGCCCUGCUCACCAUGCUGGACGAGUCCAGAGCGCACGUGGGCAUCAACGAGCGGAGCAACUUCCUGGUCGACGUCAAGAGGUUCCACGACUUCAUGGAUCUAGAGCUGAUGAUCCGCCAGGCCAUGGACUUAGACUUCCAGAAAGUGGAGCUCUAUCUGUGCCGCCUCGCCUACCUGGCGCCCAGGGUGGUCAAUGCCCGGGGUGCCGUUGCCGAGGCCAUGGUCCCCAAUUGCUCCAUCGUGCCUGGAUGCGGCUUGUUGGUGCUGGAGCAGACCAAGCAGGUGACAGUAGCUUUGGUGACGGGAAUGCUGGACAUGGGAUUGCGAGUCUCGCCAAAGUCCCUCUUGAUGACGACGACCCCUGAGCAUGAGGCGAUUGUCCAGCAGCACGUUCUAGACACCACGGGCAUCCAGAUCAAGGAAACGAAGUGGGCCAAGGACCUCGGAGGAGGGAGGUGCACGGCGUCGGCCAUGCUGUUGCACUACCAGGACGACGAUCCCAAGAUGAGCACGGUGACGGAUCAGGUGAUGAAUGGCAACACGCUGGAGCUCCUACAGAGAGCUACACGGAAGUUCCACAUGCACUACGGGCCCCAAUUCGACGCGAAUUGCGGAAGCACGCUGGUGGACACCCGACUGGUGCAGGCAUCUGGAUAUCAGAUCGACGACGAUUGCCCUCGGUGCGCGGUGGGGAAGGACACCAUAGCCCACCGCCUGUACGAGUGCGCCCAGGACGCCCCGAUCGAGCACGAGCGGGCCUACGCCCUGAAGGCCCGAGCAGGCUUCCUUGACGGCUCGGCCACGUCCGGCGAUGCCCGUCUGUCGGGUCGGAUGGGGGUCUACUUUCGUGGCGAGGGCGAGGCGGAGCUGGACGUGGAGCAAGGGGCUCUCCGAGGGCUGCAUGGAACCAUCGACGUGGACCAGACUGUGCCAGCCAGCGAGUUGGCGGCCAUGUUUUGGGCGCUCCAGGUCACCACGGGGCCCAUUCUCCUGUGGACGGACUGCCAGCUGGCCUUCGACGGUUGGACCCAGGGCCUCGGGAAGAGCCCCCAGUGGCCUCUAGCGCGCUGGUGGGACCGAAUCCGCCGAGCCCUCGAAACCACGGGGAGGGCAGAGUUCAGGUCAAGCAAUGUGUUUUUUCUCACUUGGAUGCAGAUUCCCACUUGA